AUGGUCUCCGCCUGCGGCGCAUCAGUCGCUGCUCUCGUCACUGCAGACAACACCAGUCACGUCGAAGGAAUGCCAGAAGCUGCGCUCAAGGAGAAGACCUUCAGCGCAAGUAGGUGUAAUGUGUUUCUGUGCAAGGGGCUUCAAUUUGAAGACAAUAUAGCCAAUGUGCAGACAUUGCAGCCCGGACAGGUUGUCAAUAUGCGCGCGAGUAUCCCAAUUGCACAUGAAGGGCCUAUGAACGUUAGCGUCGUUAAUACGAAGAUGAAUAUGGUGAUGGGUGGUCCGUUGAUUAGCUUUGUGAGCUAUGCGGAUGAAUCUCUUCCACAACUUCCGGCGAAUAACACCAACUUCAAUGUCACAAUACCGACGAGGUUGGGGAAUACUUGCUCAGUUCCGGGCACAUGUGUGUUACAGUGGUUUUGGUUUGGCACUAAAGCAGACCAAACUUACGAAUCGUGUGUGGAUAUUGUUGUUCCCGGCGGCCCGAAUGGUACUGGCUUCUUGUCUGCGUAUAACUGGGUAGAUAUACUCUCAAAAUGUUAG